GUUGCUGCUGCUGCCGCUGCCAUGGGCACCUACGUAGAAUACGCCUAACCUGGAUGACAGAGGAUGAACUGACGAGGCAGACGAAGAAAGACACUCGCAAUGUCUGCCGUAACGAGUCCAUAUGGACCUACGGAGAUGCUUUCGGAAUCGGUGUAUAACUUCGCGGCGGCAUCUCGGCGCAGCACCGGCGGCGGCUCCACGGCCGAUCAGGACAGCGAUUCCCAGCAAUACGAGGCCCAGCCGACCGCCACCCAACUCCAGCUCGCCGCAAGCAUUCAGCAGUCACAGUCGUCGCAGUCUCAGUUGCAAUCACAGUCGCAACUGCAAUCUCAGUCCCAAAGCAAACCGCGCAACAAGCGUAAGAACUUCAAGCCGAUCAACAGUCGCAUGGCCGAGGUGUCGGACGAGUCCGACGAGCGGGACGACGACGCGGAGUCCGGACCGAACGAGGAUCGCCGAGGAAACGGCGAGGAAGCGCCUCCGAGCGUCGAUACCCUUGACUUCGAGAGGAAGACGAUGCUGCUGCAAGCCGCCGAGGAGAGAGCAGCCACGGCCAUCUCCGUCGCCGGUCAAUUCGGCAAGCAGAGGCUCAACAACAACGAGGUCAUACCGAUGGACCUGUCCGUAACGACGAGGCCACCCUCUUCCGAGGGCGACGACGACAGCGGCGACUCCUUCAGGCAUAAGUUCAUACUGGAGCAGUUGAGGUCGCAGAAGCUCUACUCACCAGGCACCGAUGCCCGGAGCCCGGCCUCGGAGUCAUCGGACAAGAGCGUGGGCAGCGUGGGCCCGAUGGACCAGGAGCAGGACCAAGCGAGCCGGCUGGAUGAGGGUCCGGACGAGGACGAGCGCAACGAGACGGAGAACGAGGUCGAGCCGGAGGAGCGCAGACCCUUCGACAACAUGCGCGAGUACGCGGAGUCGACCAUGCAGGAGCUCCUCGCGAUUUACGGCCUCGCGGGUGGCGAGCUGGCCAAGAGCGUCAGCAGGCAGCUGCCCCCCAGCUUCCUCAAUCCCGCCAUUGGACCCCACCUCCAGCAUCAAGGUGUCCGCGUGAAAGUGAAAGAGGAAAAGGAGGCGUCGUCAAUGGCACCGGGAAGUCCACCGACGCCGCCCCAUACGCCUCAGAGUCCAUCGCGCCAAAACAACGCGGCCCACCUCUCCUCCUCGCAAUCCUCGCAAACCUCUAACACAGAAUCACCAAAUGUCCAGCAACAACCGGGUACCGCAGCAGCCCUUCAUCCAGGACUCGCGGGCAGUUCGCCUCUGAGUCAGAUUCUUCUACAAAAUCCGGCGCUGGCACAGCUACUUCAGCAGAAUCCGGCAAUACUCUCUCAGAAUCCGCAGUUGGCCCAGUUGUUACAGCAGAACCUGCAAGUGCAAAUGGGCAGCGUCCUCUUCCAGGGGCCCAGACGCAACGACGACGGGGACGAUGCCAGGGUACCGCCGACAAUAGCAAGCCUGGCGGCGAUGAAGGUGGAGGCAGCUGACCCCAAGGUUUCCGCGCUCCUGCGUCAGAGUAUGUCGCCGGUCUCCGCGGAGGCGCUCAUCGGCUCGAGCGGCACGACUCCUCCCGGCGGCACGAAGACGAGCUCCGGGGGUGGUGGAGGCGGCGGCGGCGUCGGCGGCGUCGGCGGCGGAGGCGGCAGCAGCGGUGGUGGCAGCGGUGGAGGAAGCAGCGGAGGAGCCGGCAGUGGAGUUGGUGGUGGUGGUGGCGGUGGUGGUGGUGGUGGUGGUGGUAGCGGUGGUGUCAGUGUCGGUGGCGGAGGCGGCGGGGGCAGUGGAGGAGGCCUACCCCAGCCGAUGAUCGACUACUCGCGCUAUGUGCGCCGCUACAGCAGUGGCCAGGAGUGCGGAAGCUCGUACUGCAAGGACCUCGGCUGUCGCGAGCACUUCCACUGCCUCGACUGCAGCGGCCGCGUGUUCGUAAAGAAGGAAGAGAUGAUACGGCACUUCAAAUGGCACAAGAAGCGCGACGAGUCGCUUCAGCACGGCUUUAUGAGGUACUCGCCGACCGACGACUGCGCCGACCGCCACCCUGGCAGACAAUGUCCCCACAAUCGCAAGCAAACCCAUUACCAUUGCAUCCACGAGAACUGCGACAAGGUCUAUAUAUCGACCUCGGAUGUGCAGAUGCACGCGAAUUAUCAUAGGAAGGACUCGGCCAUCAUCCAGGAGGGCUUCCAAAGGUUCCGGGCGACCGAGAGCUGCGCGACCGAGCACUGUCCCUUUGCCGGCCAGAGGACGACGCACUUCCACUGCCGAAGGACCGGCUGUCGAUACACGUUCAAGAACAAGGCUGAUAUGGACAAGCACAAGUCAUACCACAUAAAGGACGAGCAGUUGUCACGCGACGGCUUCAAGAAGUUCAUGAAGUCCGAGGCCUGUCCGUUCGAGCAGUGUCGCUUUUCCCGCGUCUGCAAUCACAUCCACUGCAUCCGCCCGCAGUGCAGCUACGUCCUUCAUUCUUCGGGGCAACUCUUCUCUCAUAAGCGCAAACACGAGCGUAACGAUUCGGAGCUCGCCUACCGGAAGUACAAGCAGGUCGGGGGCGGAGGCGGCGGUGGCGUCGGCGGCGGUGGUGGUGGAGGUGGCGGUGGCGGUGGUGGCAGCAGCGGCUCCGGUAUACGAGGACCAGGCUCGUGGGCACCGGACGAAAUGGGGCCCCAAGGGCUGUCGCUCAGUCUUAAUGGCGAGAGCUCCAACGAGGAUCGCGGCUCGCCUUCGUACUACUCAAUGGACGAUUCCUUCCAGAGCGUCAGUGACCUCGCAAUGGACCUCACGGCAACGACAAUGACCAUCUUGGGAGCCGGUGGUGUC